CACAAGCAGAAUCACCGAAACAGGUUCUCCUUCCCUCGUCGCCAGUUGCUCAAGUUCGUGUCGUCUGCCAUGGCUGCCCUGCGGACAUCUGGGAGCCCUUUCCUUCUGGAGACUCUGGCCGCCAGCUGCCUCCUUCUCCUCGCCCUGUGGGCACAGGGAGGAGCGGCUGUGCCCAUCACUCAUCACUGCAAGCUUGACCAGUCCAACUUCCAGCAGCCCUACAUCACCAACCGCACCUUCACGCUUGCUCAGGAGGCUAGUUUGGCAGAUAACAACACAGACGUUCGUCUCAUUGGGAAUAAUCUGUUCCAGGGAGUCAAUCAGAUGAGAGAGCGCUGCUACCUGGUGAAGCAGGUCCUGAACUUCACCCUUGAAGAAGUGCUGUUCCCCAACUCUGAUAGAUUCCACCCCUACAUGCAGGAGGUGGCGUCCUUCCUGGACAGCCUCAGCAAAAAGCUAAGCCAAUGCCGUAUUAAGGGUGAUGACCAGCAUAUCCAGAGAAAUGUGAACAACUUUAAAGACACAGUGAAAAAGCUUGGAGAGAGUGGAGAGAUCAAAGUAAUUGGAGAACUGUAUUUGCUGUUUAUGGCCCUGAAGAAUGAAUGCACUCUUCCAGGGCACAGCUGGAAAAUGGAUAACUAACCUUUCCUGCCUGUUAGAAAUAACAAUAAGAUCCCCUGAGGUUUUCUUUUACCAAAAGGAAAAUGGGAAGCCAAACUUCACAGUCAAGGUUGGAUUCUAAACAAAGCCCUGCUUAGCUUAAAAAAGAAUGGUAUCACUUGUGUCCAGAAGACCAGAAGGCAGACCUUCCAAGCAUAACUAGGUCUAUUAAUAACAUUUUGUUGGUGGUGGUAUUUUAUACACAGAAAUUUAUCUUUUAAGCAAUCGUCUAU